AUGUUAUGUCUGCAUACUCAGGACACAACUAGAGAUGAGAAGGUAGCAGAUGAGCCGCUAGUGUUGCUAGCAUACAACUGCAAAAUAGUAGGGGAGUCUAGCCAGGGUGAGACUGUGGAUGAAGCUAUGGACAGUCAUGCUCUUGAAAUGUACAAAAUCUUAAUGGAAGCAGACAAGCUGAGGUUAGAUAUCCUUAAGCAUAUGAUAGACAUUUUGACACCAUUGCAGGCGGUUGAGCUUCUAGUGGCGUUAAAGAAACUACCCCUAUGUUUACACGAGUGGAGCAAAAGAAGAGACAUCCAAAUGGGAAUCACACAACUUCUGAAUACACAAAUUUCCUCAACCUCCGGUCCACCAGAGCCAGAGCCAGAGCCAUGA